AUGCCAGGAUGCGAGUCUGUGCAAGCCAAUCCAAGGACAGCGGCCGGAGAUCUUCGGCUUCACCGCCCAGUACUGGAGACAGUUCAACUUCUCCCUGCUUGCAUCUCCACCCCAGAGUGGAAGGCGUGGACAGCCUCGCUCACGUCCUGGAUCUCUGCCUGGAACGACUUCAUGAACGCUGGCGGCAUCACCCCGUGUGCCGACUACAACGACACUGCUGACGAGGUUGACAGCUUCAUUGACAGCAUGCUGUCGUGGUACCGCGAGCUGCUGGCUGAGCGCCUGGACAUGUACGAGCGUGCAUUUGACCAGCUCGACGUCGACAUUGAGACGGCGCGCCAGAACUGCGAGGAGGCGCACGACGAUCAGGACCUGCUCAUCUCAUCCCAGCUGGAUGACAUUGAGGCCCAGAUUGACGCCAUCUGCAACCCUUGAGCUGGCUGCUUGGUGGUGGUGAUGAUGCGACGGUGAUUUGCCGUGGCCAUGUACAGCCACAGCUGUGCUUAGGCUCAUUCAGCGGUUUACUGUCGUUUGUCCUCCCUCCCUCCUCUUCCCCCGUCUUUUCUGUUUACCUUUUCUUCUCCUCUUCCCCUCUUUCUUUGUCCUUGUCCCUUGUGAUGUGCUUCCUACCAGUUUUGCACGGCCUUCGAGCUACCGUGGUGCAGCACAAGACACACAUGUGCGUGCGAUUUCCAUUUGUCUUGCCAGCAGCACUGGCAGUUUGUCUUGUCUAGCUGGUGUUUUGAGGCGGUGUGUUGCUUGAAUUUGGGUGUCUCAUUGCUGCCGCUGCUUGAUGCUUGUGCGAUUGUUGUUUCUGUGUUUGUGCUUCCAUCUCUGUCAACCCUUUCUUCCUACCUCAACCAUACACA